CUCCCCCAUCAACAAGGCCACCUUACUAUACCUUUGGAUCACCCGCAUUUUGGUUUGCCGUUCUUCGAGUUUUAAGUGGCGUGGCUCCGUCGCGAUGGGGAGGACCCCGCCGGACUCCUUGCCGGGGUCCGAACUUGAAAUUAAUGUCCAGCCCCGUCGCCAUCACCACCACAACCACCCGCCUCCCCUCCCAUCGCCGCCGAGGCCUUACCGGCCGUUCAAGAAAUGGUUUCCGUGGCUCGUUCCUCUCAUUAUCCUUGCCAAUAUUGGUCUCUUUGCAUAUGUAAUGUACGUCAAUGACUGCCCUACAAAUUCUGAGAAAUGCUUCGGAUCGGAUUUCCUUGGCCGGUUUGCGUUCCAAAGCCUCCAUGAAAAUCCCCUGCUUGGGCCCUCUGCUGAUACGCUGCGAAAACUAGGAGCUUUAGAAGUGGAGAAGGUGGUGAAAGAUCAUCAAGUAUGGAGGUUGUUCUCUUGUAUGUGGUUACACGCUGGUGUGUUCCAUGUCGCCGCCAACAUGGUUAGCCUUCUAUGCGUUGGCAUCAGACUUGAACAAGAAUUUGGGUUUGUGAAGAUCGGUUUGCUUUAUAUUCUCUCUGGAGUGGGAGGAAGCUUGGCAUCUGCCCUAUUUGUGAGGAUGACGAUCUCGGUUGGCGCCUCUGGAGCUCUAUUUGGUUUGCUUGGAGCUAUGUUGUCUGAAUUGCUCACAAAUUGGACCAUAUAUGAAAAUAAGUUGGCAACACUAUUGACUCUCAUUCUCAUCAUUCUGAUAAAUCUAGCUGUUGGAGUUCUCCCCCAUGUAGAUAACUUUGCUCAUCUCGGGGGAUUUGUGACUGGUUUUUUACUCGGAUUUAUCCUUCUCAUUCGCCCUCAGUUUGGAUAUGUUAAACAAAGAAAUGCUCCACCUGGUUACUUUUUGCCAUCAAGAAAAGCCAAACACAAGGUUUAUCAGUGUGUUCUCCUCAUAUUUGCAUUGAUAAUCCUCAUACUAGGGCUGACUAUUGGUAUGGUAAUGCUACUCCAAGGUGUGGAUGGUAAUGAUCAUUGUUCUUGGUGUCAUUAUUUGAGUUGUUUUCCAACUCCUAUAUGGACUUGUGAUGCACGUUGCUCGUCAAACCAAACCGGAGACCAGUUGAGCUUGACAUGCAUGCUGGACAACAAAAGCAGUAAUUAUUAUUUGUCAAGUGCCAACAACACUGCAUCAGACAUUCAAAAACUGUGCACACAACUUUGCAGCUGAUAUGGGGAUGUGUAUAUAUAUGUAUUAUGUAAUAUGUGUAUAUGUUCAUUCAUGUGAAUAUACACCACCUUAAUUGGGUGGAUGCAAGGUUGUAAAGCCAUGCCCCAUCCUUAAUUAAUAUAGCAAUUGAAAAAUAUAAAUGUACAUAUAACUAACAAGAAAGACAGAUAAGACAUUAUAUGUGUAUAUAUUUGAUUUGUAUGUAGCGUGC